UAUCAACAGGACAUGGACACAUACUGUCAGCAUCUGAUCUAGAACUAGUUAAUGAGCUAAAUAAUAAAAAUAAACUGGGUCUAACUAAGUAGAAAAUACCAUGUAGUGAGUUAAACCAUCAUUUGACAUCUCUGAAAGACAUUUGGAGACAUGGUAUUUGAGUAGUAAGGUUAUUAGUAAUAAGUCAGCGUGUACCUUUCUGAACUCUUUCUGACUACAUUUUUUCACCAAUCGUGGCAUAGAUUCUUAUGUAACACCAUGCAGCCAAUCAGGGCCAUCAUUUGGCUGCAAAAUGACAAAAGGUUUCAAAGCUCACCCAGAGGACUGAACUGUCUGCACCCUCGCCUAACAAACAUCCCCUCUGGGCCAGCUCCCUUCCCUCAGACAGUUUCAAUAAUUAUUCAGUAAUCACCUGCCUCUUCUCUUGCCCGAGAAAAAGAGAGGGAGGAAAUAUUUGGAUUAUCUGUGUGGACUCCUGAAGUGGCCUGAGCAUGAAGACUCUUAUUAAAAUAGUGUCCUACUGUCUGAUCAUCUUUCAACUGACUGAUGGAAGGAAAUUUCGGGGUAACAGAGCAGACACUGAGCCUGGAGAGAAGAUGAAGAUGCCCUACAAACCUAAAUCAUUCUUCAGGCUUUACACUGACAGCAUAGAUGAUACAUGCACAGUGGAGCUCUUCAAGCCUCACACUCUGGACGCUUGUGGUUUCAAUAGCAGCCAUCCUCUGGCUAUCAUCAUUCAUGGCUGGUCGCAGGUGGACGGAAUGAUGGACAACUGGAUUUCCAGGUUGGCAUCAGCACUGAAAAGCUCAGAAGGAAGCAUCAAUGUAGUGAUUGCAGAUUGGCUGACUCUGGCACACCAUCACUACCCUAUAGCUGCUCAGAACACACGCGUUGUGGGGCAGGACAUUGCUCACCUGCUGAGGUGGCUAGAGGAUUUCAAACAUUUUCCUUUGGGAAAAGUACAUUUGAUUGGCUACAGCCUUGGAGCUCAUAUAUCUGGGUUUGCUGGGAGCAACCUAGCUGUGUCUGGAAAAACCUUGGGAAGAAUUACCGGUUUGGAUCCUGCGGGUCCAUUGUUUGAGGGAAUGUCUCAUACUGAAAGACUCUCACCUGAAGAUGCUACCUUUGUGGAUGCCAUCCAUACAUUUACCCAAGAGCGCAUGGGGCUCAGUGUGGGCAUCAAACAGCCUGUUGCCCACUUUGACUUCUAUCCCAAUGGAGGAUCAUUUCAACCAGGGUGCCAUCUGUAUGUGCAAAACAUUUAUGCACAUUUAGCCCAAUAUGGGAUUAUGGGUAUUGAGCAGACAGUGAAGUGUGCCCAUGAGCGUGCUGUGCAUCUCUUCAUUGACUCCCUGGUGAACAAAGACAAGCAGAUUAUGGCCUACAAGUGCAGCGACAACACGGCUUUCGAUAAAGGCUACUGUCUGGACUGCCGAAAGAACCGCUGUAACACUUUGGGUUAUGACAUCAAGAAAGUCCGCACCGGCACAAGCAAGAGACUGUUUCUCAAAACCCGUUCACACAUGCCCUACAAAUUGUUCCACUAUCAAUUCAGGAUCCAGUUCAUCAACCAAACUGAUAAGAUCGAGCCCACCCUCACAGUCUCUCUAACUGGGACACUGGGAGAAAGUGAAAAUGUACCCAUAACACUAGUUGAGGAGAUUUCAGGUAACAAGACUUUUACGUUCCUCAUCACUCUGGAUACUGACAUCGGUGACCUGAUGAUAAUGCGCUUCACCUGGGAGGGAAGCCCAGUAUGGGCAAACAUGUGGAGCACGGUUAAGACCAUGUUACCUUGGGCCAAAAGCAGCAGAGGACCACAGCUCACAGUGGGGAAGAUCACAGUGAAAGCAGGAGAGACCCAGAGGAAAACUCCGUUUUGUCCACAGACAGAUGAGGGCGUGUAUAUCGAGCCGUCGCAGGAGAAGGUGUUCGUGCGCUGUGAAAAGAAGCGCGAGAAGCCGCAGCAGAAGCGGAGGAUGAUGAUGAAGCACGACUAAAAAAAACUCACCUCACACAUCAGAUCUUGUCUCCACAGACUUUGGGACUUAUAGGACCGGGUUUCCUGUAACAUAUGCUUAAUGUUUCGAACUUUAAUUUUUUUUAAAUGAGAAAUUAAAGAAUGACCAAGUGUUCAAGGAUUUUGUUAUUAAAUACGGUUUUCGUAUAUCAGAUAUGUUUUACAUUUCACUGCAGGCUAUGCCAACUUUUAGCAGAAGCCCUCGUUCCAGAAUCUCACGCUCUCAAAUGUCAACAAAUAUAGCGCAUUCUGAUUGGCUAAAAGCCACGGGCUGCUCUCUUGAUUGACCCUGUGUUUUAGUGCUGAUACUCGCCCUGCGUUUCAAAUCUGAUUCCGAAGGGCACUUCAGAGUGAGCAUCGUCGUAGCCACCAUAUUGAGGGUUCAUUCCAAACCUAAGUGCUCACAACCGGCCACUUAAAAGGGGCAUUUGGAAUGAAGGAGUUCGAAGGAUAUGGACACUUAACUCCCAUGAUUCCUUGCGCAGGUUUAAUUGUGUGAAAAUGGCACCUUCUUAAUUGGCUCGGAAGAGUUUUUGGUCCCCUAUACCCUUCAUCCAUCUGAAACCAGUGAUGUGGACAGCACUGCAGGGGCAGGGGAGAAAUCAUGUAACAACUUUGUUAAUACCAUAUAUAGCACUUGAACACUGUUAAAGGGAUAGUUCACCCAAAAAUGAAAAUUUGAUGUUUAUCUGCUUACCCCCAGGCCAUCCAAGAUGUAGGUGAUUUUGUUUCUUCAGUAGAACACAAACAAAGAUUUUAAACUCAAACCGUUGCAGUCUGUCAGUCAUAUAAUGUAAGUGGAUGGGAAUCACGGCUUUGAGAGUCCAAAAAACAUACACAAACAAAACCAAAUUAAAACCUGCGGCUCGUGACAAUACACUGAUGGGUAAAGACACAAAAUGAUUGGUCUGUGCAAGAAACUGUACAGUAUAUAGUUUUUAACCUCUGAUUCACCGCAAUGUCCAAACAGUCCUGAGCGCAUUCGCAUCUUCUUCUUCUUCUUGCUUUACGGCAGAUCACAGACUUAUAAGUGCAUUACCGCCGCCUAGCUCUCAAAUGGACCAUUGACACUCUAUCUACAAUCUCAAUAAGGAGUGUCAAGGGUCCAUUUGAGAUAGAAACAAAGUCACCUACACUUGGAUGCCUUGGGGGUAAGCAGAUAAACAUAAAAUUUUCAUUUUUGGGUGAACUAUCCCUUUAAGAGCUGCCAUCUUUGCCUUUUUAUUUCUGAAAAUAAAAUAGGCUCCCAAAACUGACUGAAUAUGGUCCCAUUACAGAUAAUUUAUUAUUAAAAAAUAUGAGCUUAUAUCAUGUCAUAUUUCAAGCCAUAUUUCUGUGGCACUACAUUAAAGAUGCUUUAAUCAUAUUAGUUGUUUAACUCAAUGUUAUUUUUGCUCACGUAGAAUAGAGGAUAACUUAUAGCCAGUCUAUUCAUGGAUAAAGUAAAAAGUAGACACAGGAUAGAUAAUAUUCCUCUGUAAAACUGCAACUGAACUUGGCAACAAAUGAUUAUGUAUACAACAGAUUUGACAUAACUACACAAAGGUUGACAACAAAAUGUUCAGUUUAUGAGAAAAUGAUUUGUGAAAGGUGUGACUCAGUUCAACUUAAAUAUAACAUGAAUGGAUGAUUUCCAUCUGUGAUGGCUUGUUGAAUACUUCAGCGGCACUCUUGAUAUAUACUGUUACAAUAUGCAGUAAAAAAAAAACAAAAAAAAAA